CCUCCCAACCCCUCCUCCUCUAGUCAGUGGCUCGAAACUUUUUAAAAGCUCUCUGUGCUCAAAGUUAGGGGGGGAAAAACUUUUAUGAGGGAUCAGCACUUUCAAUAGGGGGAAGGAGCGAGUGAGGAGAGCACAAAAUAGCAGCAGCCUUUUAAACUUUAAAUAGACAGGUUGGAGAGACUGAACUAGCUUUUCCAUUUUCCUACACCCACCGAGAGUUCUACCACUUGUUGGACGGCUUUACUCUCAAACUAGAGAAGGCAGUCCCCGGGCACCAUGGGGGACUGGAGCGCCUUGGGCAAGCUCCUCGACAAAGUCCAGGCCUACUCGACGGCGGGCGGGAAGGUCUGGCUGUCGGUCCUGUUCAUCUUCCGGAUCCUGCUCCUGGGGACGGCGGUGGAGUCGGCCUGGGGGGACGAGCAGUCGGCCUUCCGGUGCAACACGCAGCAGCCCGGGUGCGAGAACGUCUGCUACGACAAGUCCUUCCCCAUCUCCCACGUGCGCUUCUGGGUCCUGCAGAUCAUCUUCGUCUCGGUGCCCACCCUCCUCUACCUGGCCCACGUCUUCUACGUCAUGCGCAAGGAGGAGAAGCUGAACAAGAAGGAGGAGGAGCUGAAGGUGGCCCAGACGGACGGGGUCAACGUGGACAUGCACCUGAAGCAGAUCGAGAUCAAGAAGUUCAAGUACGGCAUCGAGGAGCACGGCAAGGUGAAGAUGCGUGGCGGCCUGCUCCGCACCUACAUCAUCAGCAUCCUCUUCAAGUCCGUCUUCGAGGUGGCCUUCCUGCUGAUCCAGUGGUACAUCUACGGGUUCAGCCUCAGCGCCGUGUACACGUGCCAGAGGGCCCCCUGCCCGCAUCAGGUCGACUGCUUCCUCUCCCGGCCCACGGAGAAGACCAUCUUCAUCAUCUUCAUGCUGGUGGUGUCCCUGGUGUCCCUGGCCCUGAACAUCAUCGAGCUCUUCUACGUCUUCUUCAAGGGGGUGAAGGACCGCGUCAAGGGCCGGAGCGACCCCUACCACUCGGCCACCGGCCCCCUGAGCCCCGGCAAGGACUGCGGCUCCCCCAAGUACGCCUACUUCAACGGCUGCUCCUCCCCCACGGCCCCGCUCUCGCCCAUGUCCCCGCCGGGCUACAAGCUGGUGACCGGCGACCGGAACAACUCCUCCUGCCGCAACUACAACAAGCAGGCCAGCGAGCAGAACUGGGCCAACUACAGCGCCGAGCAGAACCGGAUCGGCCAGGCCGGGAGCACCAUCUCCAACUCCCACGCCCAGCCCUUCGACUUCCCCGACGACAACCAGAACACCAAAAAGCUGGCCGCCGUCGGGCACGAGCUGCAGCCUCUGGCCGUAGCGGACCAGAGACCCUCCAGCCGGGCCAGCAGCCGCGCCAGCAGCAGACCCCGGCCCGACGACCUGGAGAUCUAACUCUCCCCGACCGCCCACCCGGGUACGCGACGGGGCCGGGGGGAGGGGGAGGCGGAGGCGGACGGUCGGUCGGUACUCUCGAGUCUCCCGCGGGCGGCUCGGCUGACGAAGGGACUUGGAAGAGGAACGGAAAAAUAUUCACGUGCUUGUUGGAGGUGUGUGGGGGGGGGGGUGGGGUCGGGCAACAGGCGGGGGGCAGGUGGGGAGGUACAAACACCUUGGUAUUUAAAAAUAGGCGAAGGAGACGUCGGAAUUCGCCCAAAAAAAAAAAAAAGCAAAAAGAUAAGUAGGUAGGACACCCUUCUUCCCCUCUAGGGAGGUUCGAUGUAGGAGAACGCGUGGGAACGGGUCGGUUUCUGGAAGAGUUCUGCUUUCUGUCACGGAACUGAAAUCGCUCUGGUCAAGAUGAGAUGUCUGGGGUUGCAGACCCCCUGCCCCCUCCUUUCCCCGUCCCCUUCCCCGCUUUUUAUUUCUUUUUGGAACAAGUGGAAACACCUAGGGCUGCCCCUCCCGGUCGAGAACAUUCCAUUGUGAAAAUUUUGCACUUUGAAGGUAAACUUCUCUGGGUAUGACCCUCUAGGUGUCAAUGGACGUGUGUCAGGAUUCCCGCCGGAUCGACUCCGGUUUCCGAGGUCGGGCCUGGGAGCCUCCCUCCUCACCGCCUCCCGCCCUCCACCGCGUCCCCUCAGCUCUCUCUCAGACAGGUAGAUUUCCUUCCAGAGGCAUUCGCGGGAGGCCCGCUUUCGUCCCCGUUCAGGACACCCGCAUUCUGAGUGCUAGCACUGUUCACAGCCAGAUACUCAUAUAGUGAAUUCUCAAGACCGCACCACUUGAAGAUUGGGGAAUUUGACCGUCGGGCAGAGAAGCCCCCAUGCUUGUCUUUUUGUUUUUUUUUUUUACGUCCCACACUAGUGUGUGUUAGAGUGUUUUUCUAGGCUGUAUGUAGGUACAGGACUAUGCGGUAUGAUCUCACAAGCACAGAUUUUUUUUUUUUUCAAGUAAGUACACACACAACACACACACACACACACACACACACAGAGGAGUGUGCAGAGUAGAAUGUUUUCUCAUGGAUUUUGUGGUGUGGGCCGAUAACGGUGUUUACAUUAUAUGAUUCCUGCUGUGCGAGUUAAAGCACACUUUUUUAGUUCUCUCUCUCUCUUUAAAAAAAAAAUUCUGUAACAUUUUCAAUGUAUCCUAUUAUGGAUACGUGUUCUGUUGAUUAAGGUUAGCUUUGGAAAAUAGCGAUAAUGCUAUUCCUAGCAUGAAUGAUUUUCUUUUUCUGAAAUGUAAUCAUUGAUGCUUGAGUGAUAGAGUUUUUAGUACUGUAAACAGGCUUUAGUUAUUAAUGUGAGAAAUGUAGGAGAAAUGCUUAGAGCUGGUCUUUUAUUGAACUGUGCCUCCAUAAGUUUGCAGGAACUGGUAUCGGGGUGGGAGGGGAAAAGGGAGGGCCGCCCACCUCAAAUAAUCACCCCACCUUGAUUUUGCGUUCUACUGCGAUAGUAUUGCGGCAGUUCGCUCUUCCCGGAUGACCGGCGAUUUUAAUGUUUUCCUUAGAUUUGGAAUGCACAGGAGGCUGGACGUUUUGAGUACAUAUGUAACUAAUUUAUUGAAGAAAAAAAAGCUAAAGAAAUCUACCAGUUUCUUCAAAUGCAUAACUUCUCUCCUUUAAGCCCAUCACAGACGAAUGGGGGCGGGAAGAGAGAAUACCUCGCGUGGUUUCAUCCCGAAGCACGCAGAUGGCUUUGUAUGAGACGAAAUCUUAAUUUGUUUGACAUUCCAUGUUAAACGACUGCCACGUUCAGUUUCAUCGCAUGAAUCCAUCCGAUCGUGUUUUUCUGGAGAGCAUUCUUUAGUCAAUAAAGUUUUAAUUUAGUAUAAAA